CUCUCAAUCACUUGCCAAUAUAAUAACAUCUUCACGGUGAUAAUGGCUUCCCUUUCAUCUUUAAGCAAAUAAAAUAAAGAAAGUUUAGAAAAUUAUCUCACAAAUUAAUUUAAACCCCUCUUUCUUCCCUUUUAAUUUCUCUCUGAGCUUAUCAUAAGAAAUCAACCCCGUUUAACUUGGAUCUAUGUCCGAGAACCAUUUUUACCGAGACCACAUGGGAGAAGGAACCAUCAGAUUCCCUUUGUUUGAGGUUGAAGAUGAUCGGAAGCCAGCUUCUCUUUUUUAUCCAAACAGUAAUAAUAGCUUUUUUAUCCACCAAGAAUUCGAUGAUCCGUCUCCUUACAUGGAUUACAACUACAACAACACUUUCUCAAGUGAUUUCCAGCUGUUUUGCCCGCCGCCUCCGUCUGAGGCGGCGGUCAUCUGUCCUCCACCGUCAUCAGACCGUCGUCAACCGCCAGCAGCGGCCGAUGGGUGUUCGACUUCCAGUGAGCUAGGUGGAGGACGGGGCGGAGAAGAAGAUUCAUCAAAGACUACCCAAACCAAGAGUCCAGAGAUCACCGAAGAUUGUGAAGCUGGAGAUCAACAAGAAAAGUCAAAGAAGAGAAUGAGCAAGGGAAAGAAAGAGGUGAAAAAGCUGAGGGAGCCUCGUUACGCCUUCUUGACUAAGAGUGAAAUUGAUAAUCUUGAAGAUGGAUUUAGGUGGAGAAAAUAUGGUCAGAAGGCAGUCAAGAACAGCCCUUAUCCCAGGAGCUACUACAAAUGCACCAGUCAAAAAUGUACCGUGAAAAAGCGUGUGGAAAGGUCAUACCAAGACCCGACCACCGUCAUCACAACCUACGAAGGACAGCACAACCACCACUACCCUUCCUCGCUCCGGGGAAGCACCGCCGCCUCCAUGCUGUCGCCGCCCGCUUCGUUCUUGUCUUCGACAAACUCCGGGGCGGCGGCCGCGGCCGGAGAAAAUUCGUUCGAGUACAGCCUCUUCCAGCCUACAACUGCUCCGAAUUUCUCUCCUUAUAAUCAGCCAGAGGAGAGUAUUAACGGAAUGAAUCAACUUCACCAACCGCCGUUUGAGUACAGUCUGUUUCAAGACAUGCCGAGCAUGACGGCGUCAUUGGUGCACAAACAAGAAAAUUAAAUCAUUCGUGAGGUUUUUUUUGCAAAAUAAUUAAAUAAAUUACCAUUAGUCGUCUU